AUUUUUUGGCGUGCAUUAUUUCCAGGCUUUCACGGGCCACACAAAAUGCUAAAUCGGCUUUGAGCUUGACACCCGUGAUCUCGAGGCUUUAUUGUUUUAUGAAGGCUAAAAUAGGGAAAUUGAUGAGAAACCAAACGGGAAGCGAGAGGGAGAAAUACGCUGAGUUUCCUGACUAAAACGGAAGAGUUGACAGCUAUGCUCCUCCAGACUUCCAAGUCACUUCCGUGUCAAUUACAACAUAAAAAUGACAUCUGCUCAGUGCCGCAAUAUGAUGAAACAACAAAACAUUUUUAGUGACAUUUCUCCAGAUCCUCCAGAAGGCGUAAUGAUGACAUCACGCUCUGCAUUUAUUGCAGGGAUCCUGUAUGUGUCUGCUCUAGUUAAUGUUCACCUCACACACUGACGCCAUCAGCGUUCAAGGGUCACAACUGACAGGAAAAGAAAAAGUUACGUAGAAGGAAAACUUCUCAAGAAUCAUCAUGGUUGCCAUUAAUAUUGGAAUUGGCCUGGUGGGAUUUGGUUUAUUUUUUCUGCUCUUUGGUGUGCUGCUGUACUUUGACUCAGUCUUACUGGCCUUUGGGAAUAUGUUGUUUUUGACAGGGUUAACAUUCAUCAUUGGCUUCAGGAGGACCGCUUACUUCUUUUUCCAAAGACAAAAGUUGAAAGGCUCUUUCUUCUUCCUGGGAGGCGUGUCACUGGUGCUGUGCCGUUGGCCAAUCGUUGGUAUGCUGGUGGAGAGUUACGGCUUCAUCCUUUUGUUCAGGUCCUUCUUUCCAACGGUCGUAGGAUUUGUGCUGUCAGUUGUAAAUAUCCCUUUCCUCAAUGCGUUUUCGCAGAGUAACGCCAGCGUGGUCUGAGAGGUCAUUUCGGAACUACGGUCCUAAAGACUCAAAUUGCCCAAAAGUUCCACACUUCCAAACAUCUACCACACGCACUGGUGGCGGAUGCCAACAGCAACAUCAGAGCAGAAGAGCAAGAGAAAAGCAGAAGGAACGACCACCACAGAUGUGGAAGAUGAAGUCCAUCUUGGAGUGCAGAGUGCCCGCCUACACUAGGGAUGGGCUACAGCACACCACGGAGGCAUCAUUCACAGGUCCUGCACAAAAAGGGCAAUCCUAGCAGCGCCCACAAUUCUCAUAGGACUGGAUUCUGAACAAGAGCACAACCAAAAAUGUGUGCACAUACCGAACAGUCAUUUCCUAACUAUGAAAAACCACAGUGAAUCGUGAUUGUUUAUUUAGAAUGACACAUUCUAGACAUUAUGCAGUAAGUCAGGGAUAGGGAACCUAGGGCUCGACAGCCACAUGUGGCUCUUUUGAUGACUGCAUCUGGCAUGACAUUUUAAAGUUACAGAAAUCAGUGUUAAAAAAACGUUCUUAUGCAUUUAAUCCAUCCAUUUUCUACCACAACGCGGGUUGCCAGAGCCAAUGCCAGCUGCCCUUCGGAUAUUUUCCGGGUCAGUCACCAAAACCUGAUUAUUACUGGAUAAAGCGGUAGCCUACCAGGGUCAUUGAGAGGUCAAGAAGUAAACUUCCCUUUUUUAAUCAAAUAUCAUAGCUAGCUAAUUCUGCAGAGCAAACCCUUUUGGUGAAGAAGAUGGUGAAAAGAAAUAUAUUUACAUGUAUUUAUUAUUGGUUAGCUUAGGUAUAACUGUGUUUAAAAACAAUAAAAUCAGAGACUUAUUACAUUCUAAAAUAGGCAGUCUUGCUUAAAAAUGCAUACACUUUAGAUGUUUUCAGUGUUAAAAAAUAUGAUAUGGCUCUCAUGGAAAUUUUACAAUUUUUGGUUUUCAUGGCUCUCUUAGCCAAAAAGGUUCCCGACGCCUGCAGUAAGUAAACCAGGUUUUCCUUCUAACCUCAGUCUAACGUGAAAGGAAAGGAAAACUGUACUUUUUUUGGAAUUUUGGCCAUCAUCCACAAUCCUUAUGUUAGACAUAAAAACAUGUCUUUCUCUUUUCUGUGCGUUCUGAAGACCUAAAAAGAGCAAAAAAAAAAGGCAGGUAAUUAAAGCGGCGGUCCCAAUCUGGCAUACUUGCAAGUGUGUGCGGUCUGUCUGCGUCGAGGCUACGGAUACGUCAUAGUUCCCCCAUAUUGUGAUUCACACCUUUCCAAGCAGCAUGGGGGCGCUAGUAUCCCGCCUGUAGAAGGAGCCCAUCCGCCACACAUCCUGACUUGAGCGCUGAACACAAAGCGCAGAACCCGGUAUCUCUGCGGUGGAAUGGGUGGCAUCUUGAGGCAGCAGCAGCAGGGACAUCUGGAGAACCUCGGAAGGUCGUUCUAUAUAUACCCCCCCCUCGACAUCAACUGCCGUUUAUUGCACUUGCAUGCACUUACAACAUAAGAGUGAGUAAGGACACCGUAGGUGAGCAGCACAUCUAAGUACGAUGACGUGGCAAUCGCAGCAAGCACGCUGUAAGCAUGUACAACUCACUGACCAUGUGCGCAACGUAUGAUUGUACGAUACACGCAACCGCUCAUGGUCAGGCGUGGCGUGCGGGCCACGUACUUACACCUUACGCAAUCAUUUUGGUCAUUUUAAGCAUUACUGGAACUUUCUUCCUGGGCGCCUUGAUUUCACAUAUCAACAUAGAAAGGAACGCUACACCUAGCGUUAACGUUUCCAAACCCAAAAUCAAAAACCAGCAGCAGCGGCGGCAGCUCCAAUAGGUAGCUUUACCUUUUGGUAGUGGCCUGAGGCAUUCUAAGUG